AUGGGGGAUCGGCCUGGGCCAGCGGCCCGCCCGUGCGCGUCUGAGCACCCGCGGGGCCCCGGAAACGCCCCCGGCCUCCGCGGCCAGCCAUUGGGGGACCGCCCCCUCAGCCACGCAGGUUUUGACCGUCAACGCCGCUUGCCCGAGACUCCCCGCCGUCCAAUUCCAGAAAUCUCCGGCCACCCUCCGCGGCUCUCCUCGUCGUUUGGGAAAGCACCUAGGCCCAUCAGGGACACUGAACUCUUUGGAAAAACGACGCCCGCUUACUCGGAACGACCGCUGCCCUCCAGAUCCGUUCUUUGGCCUCUCCUUCCGCUCGAAGCCUCAGCCCUCAGCCACGCAGGUUUUGACCGUCAACACAGCUUGACCAAGCAACUAGGCCCAUCAGGGACACUCCGAACUACAACGACACCCGCUUACUCGGAAUAA